AUGGAAAAUCUUAAAACAACGUUGGAGCUUGACGAUCUCGUAAAUCUUGAGACGAUGUUUAUAGAAAUAGGCAGAGAAGACGGGCUAAAAAAUGGCAUUAAAUCAGGAAUUUUAGAAGGUCAAUUACUUGGAUGCGAAAAAGGUUAUGAGUUAUUAAAUGAAAUCGGAUUUUACGAUGGUGUGACUGAAAUGUGGCUGAAGAUAUUAGAAAAAGGGUUGAGUAUACAUAAUACUAAAAAACCAAUAAAUGAACGCUUAAUUAAAAAACUUACUUCUCUACGAGAACUAAUUUCAACAUUUCCUAUUGAAAACCAACAGAACGUAGAAUUUUUAGAUUUAUUAAGUAAAGUUCGAUCAAAAUAUAAAGUUUGCACCUCACUUUUAGGUGUAGCUAAUUCUCAAAAAUUUAACAAAACUAGUAAUGAAUCCGACAUUGGAGAUCAAGGUAUUAGCGAUAGCACAAAUACUCAUGACGGUAAUAUGAUUUUUUGA